AGCCCAAUACAUGACCCAAUCUCAAAUUCACGGUAAGUAUCCAUCUAAGCUGCUUCAUCUCCCUUCGCAGCACUCGCCGCCGGUUUUCUCAGAAUCCAUCGAACGGAAAUGAAGAAAGGAGUGCAUCCACAGAAGCAGUGGAUAUCGUAUGUUACUCAAUCUGGUAGGUUGAUGCAUGUGAUGAUGACAAAGAUACAUCCUGUUGGUAAAGUCUAUCAUUUUCGUGCUAAGCGUCAAAUGGCUGAAAGUUUGGGACAAAUUGCCAAGUUCAGACGUCGUUUCGGCUUGGAAAAUCCUGAGGCCGCCGCUGAAAAGAAAUGACUUUUUUACUGUCUCAUUAAGGGAGAUUUGGUUUUGUAUUUCAUGCAAGUUUAUUUUGGAAAAUACCAAGGAAAAUGGUCAUGGUCUGAAGUAGUUUUUGUUUAUUUCAGUAUCUGGCAUAUCUGGUUGAACUACAGAUAUGUUUUCAUUUUCAAUUCAAUAUUAAUUGAUCUUUUAACUGUUUA